GCUGAAAUUACCAUCUGCAAAACUUUUUUUGUUGUAAAAAUAUAUAUACAAAUACACAAGAAAAGUAAUAGAAAAUAGUUUUUCAUAAAAUAGUGUAAAACAAAGUACACUUUUAGUUAGCUUUAAAGUUAGUUUUCAGUGUUAAAAGCAAUUAAUUUGAAGCUCUAGCUCUAGUUUUUCUUACACUAGGCGUGACGACGAAAAAAUCGACAAAAAGAAAAAAAGCAGAAAAAAAACAAAUUUCACUCGAAAUCCGCAAAUAAGAUUUACACACGCGACCGCAUCAAAUUCGACACAAAAUCAAAAAAAAAAAAAAAAAACCGACAAAUAUUUUGUGAAACGUUUCAAAAAGUAGCUCAAAAUUAUACAAAGUCAACAACUAACACGAAAAUAAAGGGCGGACUUUGAAGGCAAAUCCCGCUAUCAGCUACACAUAGACAGAGGAGUGUGUGUGAUAGAGAGAGACAGACAGACAGCAAGAGCGAGUGAGAGAACGAAACGCGAAGCAUAACAAUGUACGCUGGAGCAUAUGCACCCAACGCCGGCGGCGUGCAACAACAGCACACGGGCGGCUAUUAUGGCAACGGUGGUGGCGGCGCAGCUGCUGGCGGCGGCAAUGGACCACGUCACGAACGUCCCUAUUAUCCGCGCAACAAUUUCGCCGGCGCCGCUGGGAAUGCGGCCUCAUUGAAUGGCGCUGGCGGCGGUGCCGCUGCCGCUGCAGCCGCUGGUGGCAUGCACUUUGGCCAGCCAUACGGUGUGAUGACCUACGGCAUACAGAACAGCAUCAGCAUGGGCGCUGGCGGUAAUCCGUAUCGUGGCGGUGGCGGCGCCAAUGCUGCCAUGCAAAACGGCGCCUUUGCUGGCGCCAAUGGCAUCGCCUUCCAGGGUGGACCCCGGGCCAAGAAUCCCAAUUACGCUCAACGCUAUCAGAAGCCACACAAUGGCAUGGGCAACGGCGGCGGUGGCUAUCAAGGCGGUGGCAGUGCCAACUACAAUGCGGCCGCAUUGGGCAUGCUCUCCAAAGAGGAACGCGCCGAAUUGCAACGCGAGAAGGCCAAGAAUCCGGGACGCAAUCUGGUCAAGCCGCAUUGGGAGAACUUGCCGCCAUUCCAAAAGGAUUUCUACAUUAUGCAUCCCAAUAUGCAGAAUCGCAGCGAACAGGCUGUCGCCGAGAUGCGUCACGAACUCGAGAUUACGGUGUCGGGCAACGAGCUGCCACAUCCGGUGGCCAAUUUCGAGGAAUGCUCGUUGCCGCCGCACAUCAUCGACGAGAUGAAGCGUCAGGGUUUCACCAAACCCACCGCCAUCCAAUCCCAGGGCUGGCCAAUUGCGUUGAGCGGACGCGAUCUUGUGGGCAUCGCCCAAACCGGAUCGGGCAAGACAUUGGCCUACAUGCUGCCCGCCAUUGUGCACAUUGGCAACCAGCCGCCGAUAAUGCGCGGCGAUGGACCCAUCGCCUUGGUGUUGGCGCCCACACGUGAGCUGGCCCAGCAGAUUCAGUCGGUGGUGCGGGAUUAUGGGCAUUUGUGCAAGCCCGAGAUACGUCACACUUGCAUCUUUGGCGGGUCAUCGAAGGUGCCGCAAGCACGCGACUUGGAGCGUGGCGUCGAGGUCAUAAUUGCCACACCGGGACGUCUGAUUGAUUUCCUCGAGAAUCGCAAUACGAAUUUGCAGCGUUGCACAUAUCUCGUCUUGGAUGAGGCCGAUCGCAUGCUCGACAUGGGCUUUGAGCCGCAAAUACGCAAGAUUAUCGAACAGAUUCGUCCGGAUCGUCAGGUUGUCAUGUGGUCGGCCACAUGGCCCAAGGAGGUGCAGGCACUGGCUGGCGAUUUCCUCAACGAUUACAUACAGAUCAACAUUGGCUCGAUGAAUCUGUCGGCCAAUCACAAUAUCCGACAGAUUGUCGAGAUUUGCAAUGAGAACGAGAAGCCGCAGCGCAUGGUGCGAUUGCUCAAGGAGAUUGCGCCGACCACGAACAAUGCGGCCAACAAUGGCAACAAAAUCAUCAUAUUUGUGGAGACCAAAAUUAAGGUGGAGGACAUCCUGCAGAUAAUUCGCAGCGAGGGCUACACAGCCACCUCCAUACACGGCGACAAGUCGCAGAGUGAACGCGAUUCGGUGCUGAAGGAUUUCCGGAAUGGUAAAUCAAACAUUUUGAUUGCCACCGAUGUGGCAUCGCGUGGCCUCGAUGUGGAGGAUCUGCAGUAUGUGAUUAACUACGAUUAUCCAAAUUCAUCCGAGAACUAUGUGCAUCGCAUUGGACGCACCGGACGCUGCCAGCAACUGGGCACCGCCUACACAUUCUUCACCCCCGACAAUGCCAAGCAGGCCCGUGAAUUGAUCUCCGUGCUCGAGGAGGCUGGCCAGACGCCAUCGCAGGCGCUGCUCGAUUUGGCCCGUGCCAUGCCCAAUUCGGCAAACUAUCGCGGCAACAAGCGUUGGAAUAACAAUGGCGGCAACGGUGGCGGCAAUGCCUCCGGUGUCUAUCAGCAGCGCAGCAAUCCGCUCAACUAUCAGGCCGGCGGCAAUGGCAAUGUUGGCGGCAACAAUGGUUACAACAAUCGCGCCAACUAUCAGCAGCAAUACGCUGCUGGCGGCAACAGUUAUCAGCCCAAUGGCGCCGGCGGCGGCGGCGGUGUUGGCAAUUGGAAUCGUGGCGGCGGCGCUGGCGCUGCACUCAAUCAACAAACGGGUCCCGAUGGCGGCAAUCGCAACGGCAAUGCCACCUAUCGCCCUCGGGCUCCCUUCAACAAUGGCGGACCACGUGCCAUCAUGGGACACAAUGGCGCAGGCGGCGCUGCUGGCGGUGCGGCUGGUGCCCACAAUGCUGGGCAACCGCAUUUGGGUCAACAGGGCGGCGCAUUCAUGCAACCGAACUAUCGUGGACGGCAAUUUGUGCCACCGAAUGCGGCAGCCGCUGGCAGUGGAAUGCCACGUUUCCAGCAGUAUCCCAAGCGUGACUAUCAACAGCAGCAGCAGCAACAACAACAGCAGCAGCAACAGCCACAACAGCAGCAACAACAGCCGCCGCAACACUACACACAACAGCAGCAGCAGCAACAACAGCAGCAGCAGCAACAGAAGCCAAAGCAUGCGAUGGUGGGCGAUGAUAAGACUUUCAAAGAGUAUGCACCGACUGUGGUCAGCACACCGCUUGUCCACUACACGCCAGCCAAUUCGCCACCGAUUGCCGCCGUUGCGGCAGCCGCAGCUGUGGCUGGCGGCGCUGGUCGGGCACCGGUUGCCGCCGCACCAGGUGCUGCCUAUAUGUACGAUGCGGCCGGUGUGUUGACCACAACGGCGGCACCCGGCACAAAUCCGUAUGCCAGCCAAUUCAAUAUGCCGCCCGCCUAUUAUGCGGCUCAGCAUCAUCAAUUUGCACCCGCUGUGGCUGGUCCUGGACCCGGUGCUGCCAUCGAGCAGGCAGGACAGCAUUAAGUGCUGCAAAGGAAGAGAAGAACUUACUGCAACCAACUAUACUAAACAACAACAAACAACAGCAAAGAGAAGCAAGCACUACUCCACCCAGACAAAAACACACAAGAAAAACAUACACACACAAACAUUUUGACACGAAUGAAAUGUAGUAAACAUUGAAUCAAACGAGUUUACACAUUUGCCGCAUACGCUAAACAAACAAAAGAAAUCGAGAAAGAAAAAAAAAACACAAAAAUAACAAAAAUGAAACCCUGCAAUUUGUCUAUUAAACCAAUGAAUGCCAGGUGUAUGGGGUAAAUGAUGUAAGCUAGUGUGAUUCUUGGUCGAUCGGAUCCGGAUUCCAACAUCAAACAACAACAACAACAAUCAGAGCGUCUCAACAAGAACAACGCAACAACAAAUGGCAACUAUUAACGAUGAUAAAAACAAAUGAAAGAUUGAGAAAAAAAAGAGAACAUUUUUUGCACAAGUUUAACUCCGUUUUUAUUUAUAUCUCGAUGUGGAUAUAUGCACGCAUAGUUUCUCAUUUAUAUCUAUGAUUUUUCUGCUACACAAAACACACACACACACAUUAUGCACUCAUAUAUUAUUAACACAUGGACAAAUUUGAGUUAUGCGCUUGGCGGCUGCAGCAGCAACAACAAAACACAACAAAACGGCAAUUUAACAACAAAUCGUUAGG